AUGGAUGUUAUAUCUCAAUACCAUGGGAGCUUGAUAGCUUUCGAAGGGCCUCAAGAUGCCAUAUCAACCCAGCUCCGACUGCUUCCGAGCUCACCUAAUAUCUUGAUCAUACCACCACUCCAACAGUUCAUGAAGGAAAAGGACCCGGAUACACCCUUCCAUGCCCAGUCGCAUAUUCUAGCGGUACACAACGCAUGUAGUGACAGAGCCGAAGUAGCACGGUCGUUCUUACAAAACUCUACACCAAGGAAUAAGCGACUAGUAUUCAUGAACGGGGGUACGGCGAGUGCCCAGAUGGAAUGUGUUUCCGACAUCAGCAAGCACUUGACAGGCGGGGAUUUUGCUAAAGCUGAACGUAUCUUCAACAGGCUUGUUAGAAACGGGGCUUCAGGAUUACAGAGUCGUUAUACAACCAACGUAGAUUUGGAGACGUCACAAAUCAUCCCUGCCAGGCCACAGCCGACAGACCAAGAUGGAGAGAUAGCCAGCGAUCCGGCAUCCGAGGCUAUGAGAGCUGCUGAUGCCCUUGACCUCCAGACUGCCUCCUUGCAACCCAAUAAUGAGAUUGAUCUUACGAAUGCGACUCGGUCCCGAAGUACGAGCGUACCAACCUAUCGGGUGGUCGACGACUUCCAGAACGCAACCCCUUUCUACGUCUUCGGGGCUCGCAAAUGGCAGGGGAGGAAUACGCGAAACUCGGAUCCCCCUCAGACUCCUCAUCGCAGUCAUACUGCCACGGACUCACGAAGGACUACGCAGCGAGCCCUGGAGCCGGCCGGGCCGCAGACUGAUGAGCUAAACAACCAAUCAAGAUCUCCAGGUAGUCCGCAAUCUUUCAAGCUUGAGUCGAUCCCCAACACACCAUCAAUAUGUGAAGCAUUUGCCGUCCAAGUUCGGCCUUCUGCCACGACCACUUCCUGUAAGAAGAUUAAGCCUGUUGAUCGGAUCUGCUCCAGCGCCAUACGCAACCAAGACAUACUACGCAGUUUUCCGGAGCCGCCCCGGUCGAGGCCGCAAAGCCUGGAUGUAAGCCCGGGGGUCCGCCAGGACAAGUUAGCGCUCCGAUCCAAGUUCACGACCGAAAUCCCUAGGCCUACUUUCAGCACACCGAAUAGGUCUAUAGUCAGACGUAACCCUCCCUCUCCUCUCAGGAUUCAGAAAGUACCGCUGCGGCCGGCGACUUACGUCGAUCGCGGUACAAAUCCAAGGAAUAAUAGCUAUGUGGAUAGGGGUACGGCUACGGACCCAGAACCAGCUAGUGGGAUUUCUAAGUCCGAUACGAGGGGUUCUAUAUUUCUCGAUAUCGAAACUCCUGCCGAAGCCGACCCCCAUGAGACUUACGAGCCAAUUUUGCCCAUGGUCGAAAACCUAGUGAUAUUCUUCAAAUCCGAGAAGAACGAUCCUCGGCUGGAGGCAACGAUCCAAUCUUUCCGAGAGGGCAGAUACCCUAUAUCUAGGUCGCCGCCAGAACCUGAAGCAGAAAGGACUAGUCUUCAAUCAAGCCCUUCGAGCCAACGAGAUCCGGAACCUACGUCCCCUGACGACGAGAGACAUAGCCGUGCCCAACAUGCAGAAGUAGCAGCGGCUUAUCGCAUGGACUCCGACGACUACGACCCCUUCGCAUACGGGAAAUACCCCAAGCCAUCCCGUGCCUGGCAUUUCAAGCCAGACUCGAACAAUCACAGACCUUCCUCCACCCCACCGACACCCGCCCAGACCCCUCCCCCAGCCGUAUCAAAACCAGAGAAACGUUUCCACGACUUCGCAACAACAGGCUGCCGGACAGCAGUGUGCGUGCAGAACUCGCUCCGCUCCAUCCUCAACAUCUACUUCCCGCCCGCCGAGGACGACGCCGGCUACCACCAGUUCAACUUCCCGCUGCUCCCCGAGCUCAGCAGCCUCUGGAAGCCCGUCUUCCGGGAAGCAGCAGCAGACUCGGGCACGGCGGCCGUGCAGCAGAAGCGGAAGCGGAAAGUCGAUCUGAUCCUUGGUAUCGGGGCGCAGAAGGGUGUCGAUAGGGAGUUCCUCGGGGCGAUUAGCGGUUCUUUGGAGAAGCUUGGUACGAAGCCGAACGGCGUUAGUCGGACCGGGAGGUUGGAUUUGAGGUUCCUCAUCGCAAGCGCCAUGCAAGCCUUCACCGCACAACCCCUAGCCAACCAAACUCAAGACAACCCCUUUUCCAACCCUCUCCUCCUAGCCACGCUGAUCAUCCCUCACCUCGAGACAUACAUGGCCGCGCACUCCGCAACGCGCUUCCUCCUCCUCGAGUACCCCCCCGAGCACUUGGCCACCGUCCUAGCCCUCCAGCGCCUAGUCGGCGUCGACCUGCUCAAGGUAGCCGGAAUCCUAUACUCCGAAGACGCCUCGCCCCAGCCGUACCCCGGCUUCAAAGUCCAGCCCCGAACAGCCGCGCACAAGCGCACCGACUCUAGGCCUACGUUCCUGCGCAGCAGCACCACGCGGUCCGGGGCCACGCUUCUCGCCCCGCCGCGCUCCAAGCACCGCGAGACGCCGUCGUUUGCUAAAGCCAAUUUCCUGCUUACGUCCUCGGCGAACGAGUCUGAGAUUGCGACGCUGAUCUCGACGAUUUGGAAGAUCCUGAUCGACAUCUCGGCGUUUUAUAUCCCGGAGGGCAUGGCGUCCCGGGCUUCGAUGCAUGUUGAGCUAGAUGCUAGAAGGGAGUCACAUUCGGGUUCGCAUUCUCGUAGCCAGGGGAAGCCGUUGAUAAAUAUAUCGCAACAGCCCGCUUCGUUAACUAACGCCUCGGCUAUCAUGGGAUUCCGGCGGCAGUGCGUUGGCGAAGAUGAUACUCCGGCGGAAUACAACUCAGGCAUCGUAUACGCCGACACCAGCCCGCCCCCUCCACCACCCAAACACCGCUCAUCUCCAUCAACUCCAACCUCAUCCCUAUCCUCCGCAGGCCCAACCCCUCAAUCAACCCUCCAAGCACCCCUCCCACAGCCCCCUCCACCACCACCACCUCCCCCCUCCUCAACCAAAUCUCCCCAACCCAAACCCGUCAAAUCCACCAAAGGCUCCGUAUCUUCGAUCCGCACAACCUGGACCACCCGCAGCCAGCGGAACAAGCUCCGGAGUAUCCUGGGGCGGGGGGAGCCGGACAGUAACGGCGGCGUACACGAGGAUAAGGAUAACGAUAAGGAUGAGAUACGAGAAUGGGAAUCCUGCUGGGACGACGAGGACGCGCGACUGGCCGCCGAGGCGCGCAAGUACAUGCCGCUGUAUGGGCGGCGGGGCGGGCCGCGCAAGGGAAGUAGUCGGAAGGCGUUGAAGUGGCUCGGAUUAGCUACAUAAGGGGUUUUUCCCUUCUUUGUUCCCUCUUGGCUUGGUGCUGGGAUAGUUUCCUUCGUUCGGUU